UCGGACAGUCUUUCCACACCAUUUAUGCCAAACUACAUAUUCAUAGCCUCACUAUGAAGGCAGGGAAUGCUUUGCUGUUGCGUUUCUAUGGCCUGUGUUUAACACUGACCUGCUUUGGCCACGGAAAGCGGGUGCAGCAUCCUGAACCACAACCAGUGGAUUGUCUCUACAGCAGUUGGUCGGCCUGGACUCUGUGUGAUCCAUGCACCAAUGAGAGGCAACGUUCCCGAGGCAUUGAAGAAUUUGGGCAGUUUAGGGGCCAGCCGUGCAGAGAGUCGCUGAGUGAGAGCGCGGAGUGCAUCACGGAAGUCACAUGCGCACCAACGGCAACCACCGGCUGCCCUGCCGCACACUUUCAGUGUGGCUCAGGCGCUUGUAUAAAACAGAGACUGGUAUGCAAUCAUGACUUUGACUGUGAGGAUCAAAUCGACGAGGAUGCUUGUGACAGAAUGUCCCGGAAACCUUGCAGUACAAGGACAGAGGAGACCCCCGGCGACGGUUGGAGGGCUGCAAUGGGACAGGGAAUCAACAUCUUGGGUUCAACACCUCCGAAGACGGUCUUCUACAAUGGCUACUUUGGUGGAGUCUGUCAGAUAGCAUCGGGUAUCCGACUUCCCUGGAAUGUUGCAGGGUUUAACUUGGAGACUCAUUCAGUUAAAAAAGUUACAAGCGAUAUCUAUGAAAGCAGCCACCAACUUGUUCUCGAACUUCUGUCUGGAACUGCUUACCACGGUGGACUGAGUAUCAGAUCCAACCCUCUAUUGGAGACGUCCAGUAGAAAUGAGACACUCGCUCUUGAGAGCAAGAAGUUUGUGCGGUUUGACGGCAAAUUGCAGUGGGCCACCUACAGACUGAGACCCCGUGAUCUCAGAGUGGCCGACGGUUUCACUAAGGACGUGAAGUCUCUGCCCGUCGAGUAUGACAAGGGCUCCUAUUUCAACUUCAUCGAAGACUACGGAACGCAUUACACUCGCAGCGGAAAGCUUGGAGGGGAGUACAAUCUAAUCUACGUUCUCAACGUCAACGAAAUCAUGCAGAGAAAUUUGACAGAUGCAGCCCUUCUAGAAUGUCUCAAAGACUUUGGCUUCAACCUUGGAGUUGGUGCAACAGGAAAUGCUAAGACCAGUUCUUGUAAUUUCUUCAACAAAGUUGAGGGGAAUGCUGUGGUGGUUAAAGUGCUCAUCUCAGUCAAAGGAGGCGAUCCGGAGAUUGUUUCAGCCAUGAAAGCCAGAAUUAGCAGGGACGGACAGAUGAGCGCCGAGACCUACCAAAACUGGGCGAGGUCUAUUGCAAAUCACCCUAGUCUGCUCUACAGUGAGCGAGAGCCGAUCUAUAAUGUAUUUCCCCUGGGUUUGCCGGAGGCUAACACCAAGAUAUCCAACAUGAAGGCUGCGCUGGCAGACUAUGUGGCAGAGUACAGCAUGUGCAAGUGUAGACCGUGCCACAACAAUGGUACACUUGUCCUGAUAGAUGGCCUUUGUAGUUGUUUUUGCAUACUCGGUUAUGAAGGUUUGGCCUGCCAGAACCAUGAAGCCGAUAAAAAGCCCAGGAAGGAGCCGCGCCCAAGUGUGCCACGCCCCAGUGUUCGCCCCCCCAGUGUGCAGCGACCCAGUGUGCCAUGUCCCAGUGUUCGGCCCCCAAAUGUGCCCAGCCCCACUGUGCUACAUGAGGCUAACUGGGCGUGUUGGUCGGGCUGGUCAACCUGCAGCGGUGGGGAACGAAGUAGAAGCCGAGCGUGUAACGUGGAGGGUCUGCCACCUGGAGGCGUCUGCAGUGGACCGGACGCUGAGACUGAUUGGUGUUGAGAGCUAGAACGCAAAGGGUCAAGCUUAAUAUUUGCGAUCUAUUAUCGGUGAGGCCUCUAUCGAUAAGACAGACCAUCAACUGGGAAGUGACAUUUCAGGCAUAAGAUCUGGCUAAUUAUCCUAGUGUAAACAGAAUAACCCAUGGCUAUACUCGGCACAAUAAACAAUUUUUAAGUUGCCAAAAAGCAAGACACCACACUGGCCACCUCAUCACAAGGGCCUAUUCGUGCAGGAUGUUGUAUAAAUUGUCCAGAAUCCCAUUACUGAUGUGGAACUUUGGCUAAUUACGAGAUAGUGCUGCUGACCCAGCAAUCCAAUAAAUAGUUGUAAUGCAUUAAUUGUUUCUACACUUGAGAUAAAUAUUUAUAGUUUUCUUUUAUCACAGACACAUAUAUAGGUAGUGGUUCUUUACCUUGACAUGUUUCGACAUUUCAAGGUAAAGAAAAUAACACCUACCAAUAUAUCUGUGUGGUGUCUGUGAUAAAAGAAAACGAUUAUAUUAUAUAUAUUAGAUUAUGAUAUAUGAUUACAUGAAUUGAUUAUAAAAUGAGCCCAGAAUUUGUACCUUGUAUUAUCAUUUAGCACUCUAUUGCACAAUGUAGGCCUAAACCUUUUAGUAAGCAGUUAUUCAGCAUUAAAUUAGCAGCGAGAAAAAACUUGAAAGAAUUUUCAGAAACAACAUUUGCAGGCUUUUUUAGCUUUACUGACAAGAAAAAAGGCGGUCUCACUACGGUCGGUCUCACUACGGUCUCUUUCUCAAGUGCAUUGAGAAAGGGACGGAACUACAUGUUGCAUAGGACAACUGUGGUGAAAAGGGGCAGCGCUCCAAUGCAAACAUUGGCCAGUGCUACACCAUUUUUGGGGCUUUUUUUCUUUAGGAUUCUCAGCUCUGGGUGAAACAACAUCGAGGGCUUCCCCAUUGUCAUUGAUUUACGAUGAAUCUGCCUUGGGUGGUGUUUUAUUUACCACUUUUGUCAUGACUUGUUAUGACAAAUAUAUAUAGAUAACUUGUUACAUCGAGUACCGAAGAAAAUGCGUUUAUCUAGUUAAUGUUAUGACUAAAUAACGUAUCAAUGAUUCGUUAUUGUGACAACACGGUUAAUUAUGCCAGGAUCAGAGUGGAUCAUAAAAAUAUAUCAGUAGUGUUGGGCAGAAAAGAGUAUCAUUUAGAUCUACCCCAAAAACAAACAGGGUCCUAGAAAUUUAUGGAAAUUAAUUUACAUUUCUCAUUUCACAUUUCUCAUUUCACAUUUCUAGUGCCGACACCAGUCCUGAAUAGUUUAUUCUUCUACACAGUUGUAUGGGUUUGAGUCCAUCCUGCCGGAUGGAAUGGCAAAGAGGCCAUGCUCAUAGGGUCUGACUUAUCUCAACAGGUUCUAAUUCACCAGGUAAACCUUUGGUCUGUCUUGGCCAAGACAGACCAACGUUUUCCCUGGUGAAUCAGAACCUGGAGGUGCGUCUUACUUAUCAUUCCACCCACUUCCAAUAUAAACUGAUUUCUGGCCAGCAGGACCGCUGCUGGCUGUUUCGGUGCCCUACGUGAGCGGGGGGGGGGGGGGGGGGGGGUUUGUUUGUAAGGUUUUUACAAACCUUAAUUUUUGGUGCCCCCUCAGGUACUUGGUGCCCUACGCGUAUAGGGAGCGGCGGGCCUGCUGGCCAGUGUUCGAGAGGUGCUUCAUGAAUCACCACAGUGGAAGCUUGUUGGCCUUAUGUCUCUGAUUAAACCACGUGUUGAAAAUGCACCACUCUCCGAGUAAUACCUAGCCAGACAACAGUAACAAAGAUUACAAUUGAUGAAACUUCAGUUAGUAAACUGCAGCCUCCGUCAUUCCAGGAACAUACGGUUGACUCCCAGAGCGCCACAGCCAGUGACCUCUAGACAUGGAGAGUUCACAACGGCGUUAUAACACCCUGUGAUGUCCCCCUCACAUUCCCUUUUGUAAAGAAAUUAGAAUACCAAGAUUUAGCCUUAUUCUUGUUUGAUGCGAUUUGACCUCUUAUUUACAGAAUGUUUGCAAAAACUUAAUUCAGUGAUGACCACCGGACGUGUGGUGAUAUGAUGCAUAACGGUACCUAUGCCCUCAAAGUUCCAGCGACCUCACUGAUCUUGCAAAUGGGUUUUCCAGAGCAAAAGAGCGAUUCCGAACUAAGAUCAGAUCAAGUAAUCCAAUUUUACAUUUGAUCUAGAUCAAACCUUCCUUUUGGGUUUUUCAGAACUUUGUACUCAGUUUGGGAUCUAUUUGAUCCAAAAAACAGGAUUAUACUGAUGCCAUCGGAAGGGUGGAUUCAGUUGGUGUUGGUUAUCCUGAAAUUUGGUAUUUGGAUCACAGCGAUCCAAUCCAAUGUUCUGGCAUAAAAGUAAGAUGGAUCAGGUGAUCAUGGAUAGCAAAACAUGGGAAAACAUCCAGAUUUUUUUUUUUUUUUUAAACUGGGCCCUGGAG